GCCCGCAGGGGCUGCUCUACUAAGUUCAGCGACUGCUGGCUGCCUGUCCGGAUAGUUUGGAUCAGGCUGCCCCGCUGUGAGGGAUUCCACUGCUGGAAGUAUUUCGGAUGGACACAGACUUCGUCUGGUAUUUUCUGGUGUUUAAUUAGGCUUUUAAGCGGUUAGAUUUGAGUAGUUUUUUGGCUUUGUUUCUAGAUGAACAGUUAUUUUUUUUAUCUUGUUGAUGAGUCUAACCAAGAUGGACACGGCUUGUCUGCCGGUCGGACGGUAAAUAACGACUUCUUCCACUAAAUGUAGACUCUUUAGAUUUACCCGCUGGAGACGGUGUGUCUGCCAAGUUGGAUGUAGCCGAACUGGGCCAUUCCCAUCCCAGAGGUGACAGUCUUAUAAUGAACACUUUCCCACUGGAGUUUCGGUAAAGUUUUUCUAAAUAUUUUUCCCACGGACUCGCCAUGUCGGGAGUGGUCCGCACCCUGAGCCGCUGCCUGCUGCCGGCCGAGGCCACCCGGGAACCGGGCGGCAGCAAGCAGGGCAGGCGGGAGAGGGACGCGGCGCAGGAGCGGGAGGCGAGGCGCCGGAGCCGGGAGAUAGACGCUAUGCUCGCCCGGGAGAGGAGAGCGGUUCGGCGGCUGGUGAAGAUCCUCCUCCUCGGGGCCGGAGAGAGCGGAAAGUCCACAUUCCUGAAACAGAUGCGCAUCAUUAACGGACAAGAGUUUGAUAAGAAAGCGCUCCUGGAUUUCCGAGACACUAUAUAUGAGAAUAUACUAAAGGGCAUGCGAGUGCUGGUGGAUGCCCGUGACAAACUGGGCAUCAGCUGGCAGAGCUGUGAGAACGAGAAGCAGGGCAUGCUGGUGAUGUCGUGGGAGGGGCGUGUGGGUGCCUCGGGGGUCGAGCCAAGCGAAUUUCAGCUCUACGUGAUGGCACUGAGCGCACUGUGGGCAGAUGCCGGCAUACAGAAGGCCUACGCGCGACGCUCGGAGUUCCAGCUGAGCGAAUCGGUCAAAUACUUCCUGGAUAACUUGGAUCGGAUCGGACAGCUGGUGAGUCUCGCUCAAAUAUUCUUAGCAUCUUUUGUUUUUUCUGCACGCAAGAAAAUGACACUUUCCCAUUUCCAGAGCUAUAUUCCAAGCAAGCAAGAUAUUUUGUUUGCAAGGAAGGCGACCAAAGGGAUUGUGGAGCAUGACUUUGUCAUCAAAAAGAUCCCUUUCAAGAUGGUGGAUGUUGGCGGUCAGAGGUCGCAGCGGCAGAAGUGGUUCCAGUGUUUCGAUGGGAUCACAUCGAUUCUCUUCAUGGUGUCUUCAUCAGAGUAUGACCAGGUUUUGAUGGAGGACCGAAGGACAAACCGCCUGGUGGAGAGCAUGAACAUCUUCGAGACGAUCGUCAACAACAAGCUGUUCCUGAACGUCUCCAUCAUCCUGUUUCUCAACAAAACGGACCUGCUGGUGGAGAAGAUCCGCACCGUGGACAUCCGCAAGAACUUUCCCGAGUUCAGAGGAGAUCCACGCAGGCUGGAGGACGUGCAGGCGUUCCUGGUCCAGUCGUUCAGUCGAAAGAGGAGAAAUCGGGGGAAGCCACUUUUCCACCACUUCACCACUGCAGUUGACACAGAAAACAUCCGUUUCGUCUUUCACGCCGUCAAGGACACGAUUCUGCAGGAGAACCUUAAGGAUAUCAUGCUGCAGUGACUUUCAUGCUUUUGUGAAUGCAACUGUGAAACCCGCCACCAUUCCAGGCCUGAAGGACUUCGCUCUGACACCACAGCCUAUGAUGAGUUUAUAUUGACCCUGACAUGUGGAACCAGCAAGUUAACCCACGCAGAGUGGGUGUGACUGAUGUUUGAACCUGUGGAGCCAGGAGUUGCUACAUGUAUCUUGGCCUCUGUGGAUACCCUGCAUUUAACCUGUGUAAAUGUGCGAAUGAGCUGAAAGGAGGGAAAACUGUGGAGGGAAACACCAGCUACACCUGCAUGAGAACGGACAGUGUUGUUUCUCUCAUGUACAUAAGACUAAUGACAACCUUGUCACUAAACCAAGCCGGACUGCUACCUGAUGGAAGCAGCGUGAGCAGAAGGGUCGAGAGCGGGAUAGAAAAGGCCUCGUCUUCAAGUACGCGUGACAGGAGGGGGAGAGAGUUGAGGGUCAUAUGCUGCGUUAUGUGAUAAGGUUGCACAAGUGUUCCUGUCAGUGAACUUCAACAGAUAGAAGAAGCGAGACCCUCUUAUGCUCCCUAUCUCCUUGUAAUUUACUCCCACCGUCACACGAGAGAGAAACAGCUGCAGAGAAGAAGUCUUAUUCUUCUAAUCUCCUCUCUCUCAUCUCCUGUCCUCCACAGCACAAUGGACAGACUGUUCACCUCGCCCCUCUCCGGCUGAAACUGCAGACAAAUUAGAGAGUCAUCUUUGUUGAGAAAAAUACACAACCCCUGAGUUAUACUCCACAAAUGGUUCAUCUCUGUCCUCUUUAAAUGCACCACAAAUACCCCAGACUUCACUCGGAGAAUAUUUGAAGUACUUACUGGAUAUUUGUUUGCUUUAUGGUUUAACUUUACCUGCAGUGUUAGGUAAACACGAGGGGAAUAGCAGAAAAUAACGAGGCUGAACUGUGACUGAGCCAUUUCUAGUGCUUCUGGUAGAGAUUUCAGGCUUGUGUUGCAGUUUGAAACACUGAAACAGUAUCCACCAACCCCAACAGCAGCUAGCCUGAAGAAAAUCACUGUUUACACAAGUUUUAGCAAUAAAGAUUUUUUAUUUCAUGUAAGACGCCCACAUUUUUUGGCACAAAUAGCGAAGUUGUGUUAAAAACCAUAAAAUAAAUUAAUCUUUUAUUGCAGUAGCAUAAUAAAAAUUGAAUUUAAAUUGAGUACUUUCAUUAAGAGGUGGAAAAAAAUCAUGAUUUUCAAAAGAAAACCAUGUAAACCACAUCGUUUGGUACCCUGCUCUGAAUAUGUUGUACAACCUCACAGCUUUUCUACAGGGUUUAAAUCUGGCGACUUAGAUGGUUAUAGAAGUAGGUUGAUUUUACCAUGUUUUGAAUCAUUGUCCUGCUGACUCAUGUUCAGUUUGAAGGCAGAGGACAGGAGAGUUUUAUUUAAAAUCUCUUCAUAUUUCAAAAAGUUCAUGAUCCCUUGCACUCUAAGAAGGUUCUCGGGGCCUUUGGAAGAGAAACAGGCCCACAGCAUCACAGAUUAUCCACCAUAUUUGUGACAGAGGGGAUUUUCAUGAUACACAGGUCUGUUGUCAUAGAGUGUUCUCUUGUCUUUCCCAUUUUUAACCUUUUAACCUGAAUGUCUAAGAGUUAUGGGCCUCUAUGUCAUGUCAUAAUUAUAAACCAGAGAAACAGGAACUCUUUCCAGUUUACUCCAGUUAAUUCUUAGUUACUAUACGGUUCAGUCAAAAUCAAUUUAAAAGAUCAGCUGGUUAAAAUGUAUCCGUCAAAGAAAGCCCAGGCAACUGCAUUGACUCAUUUAUAUUUUUUAGCAAUCACUCAUCACAGUGUAAGGAAUGACUCCCUUUUAACUGAAAGAAACGUCUAGCAGAACCAGGCUCAGUAUGAGCAUCCAUCUGCCAUGGUCAACUAGGGGUUAAGAGAACAAAGCAGAUUUUUCACAUGAUCUGGUCCAAUUACAACAACAUCAGCCUUGUCUCCAUUCAAAAGCAGAAAAUUAAGUCAUCCAGAUGUCUAGGUCUUCAAGAGGCUUUUUUGGAUAAAUAUAUCUGAUUAUCAUCAGCAUAACAAUUGACAUUUAUCUCAUUCGGUCCAAUGUUUUUACUAAGGGGAGAUAUUUCUUUAUAUGAAAGUGAACUGGCCCAAGCACUUAGCCCCGUGGUACUCAGUUACUAAUUUGGGUGUAUGAUAUGUUUUAUAAAUAGAUUAUGCUACUUCAAUAUGAUUGAUUCAUUUUCAGGCAUUUUACACAUCUUUACCAGGGGUGCCAAUAAAAUUGAAGGGUGCUGCGUGUAUUUCUCUGCAUAUUUGCUUCUAUUUAUACCCACAAUUACAUGAAGUAUUAGCUUAAGAAAAUUAACCUGCGAUUUUAAAUGCAGACAGAGAUUUUACUAGUGAGGCCAACCUCAGGAAACUGAACAAAAGGCUGCAUCAGUUCUUCCUAAAAAGCUCUAAAAAUCGUAACUGUUUGCAACGUUUUGAAGCAUUGUGCAUCAAUAAUUUUGAGGAUAAAACACAGGAAGCAGGUUGCUAUACUAAUAUGAACCUGUUCUUUAUCAUUUGAAUGUUACUCUCACCACUCUUUUUCUUUAUGUUUCUGUUUUUAAUGAGAAAAAAACAAACCACUGAAAAAAAAUUCCAGCAAAUUAAAUGAAUGUAGCAAAGACUUUAGCAGCUAAAGAAGCAGAUUUUUUCCCAGACGCUGUUGAUGAUGGAGAACAGCUCAGAAAAGUGAGUUAAUAGCGGAGUAAUUUCCAGAAACACAACACGGCCUGUGUAUGUAAAUAAGCAUCCCUUAUUAACUCUUCGGUCAGAUUUGGUGGAAGGGAUAAAAGGUCUGACCUACAAUGCUUUGAACACUUGAAGGCUUUAAUAGACGCUUUCCAUUAUGCAUCAUCAGUAAUUCAUAUUAAUUAUUCUCCAACAAGGACAUUUAAUCCUCUGCACCUUUAGACCUCACCAGACGUGAGGAGGGUGACAUCAGAGCGCAUUAAAAGGGCAUUUACGGUGGGAUGUUCAGGCUGGGAAGAAUGCACUCAAGACCAAAAUGUAACAAAAAUAUGAACUAAAUGUGUCAGAUUCCCCAGAGAGAGUUAACUAGCUGUUUAUUAAUAAUAAAUGUACCGUUGCUAUGGUUACCUGCAGGCACACACAACUCGUGCACUGAUUUACGGUGGCGGCUCACUUCACAGCUGCCUUCAUAAAUUUGUAGAUAACUGAGUUGCAGAUUGGUACCGCAGCAGUAUGGACCGGGGCCGGGCCAUGUUUCCUCUGCUUGGCCUUCAGGGGGAAAAGACAAAACAUGGACACUUGCUCCACGCCACAGGCCUUAAUUAUAUUACUGUGUUAUUUUGUGCUCAAAGCGACUUUGAGCAUGUUUGUACUUACUGUACACUGAAUACUGUACAUUUCUGACUGACACUGUGUGUACUUAUGUAGUACCGUAUAAAAGUCUUCAGUGAUUUCUCAUUUCUUUGCAUUUUGCUUCCCAGCAGCCAGAUGUUGUAAUCAACAGUAGUCAAAAGUUCUCCACGCUUUCUGAAGGUCUUUUCCAGUAGAAAAGUCUCAACCGAGUCUGAUUAAAGAUAAUAUCGAUAACAUGUUUAGGCCUAAAAACACAGCAGGGUUACUACAUUAGGACAGGAAGUUAGUUUGAGGUAAAUGUGCAAUAAUAGCAAUAAUACAAGGCGUUAAGAGUGCAUGCCUCCAGAUUGCAGCUCCAACAUGUUCACUGGGUUGAGAAAGCUGCUAUAAUGUUCUGACUCACGUCAUCUAAAAUGUUCUUAAUUAAUUAUUUAUUUCUGAAGAUAAAUACAGCUACAGUGUUCAAUAAAUUAAUGCCCUGCAGGAGCAGUUUUCUGAAGCGCUAAGCUAAUGUUAGUCUGUUUAUUCUCUGUUCUGAGCUGACUCAUUGAUAAUUCGGCUCAUAAAAUAUUUCAGUUCCAGUUAAUCUUGUGCUGAUCAGAAAAAGCUCUUCUCCGCUUUGCUUAGCAGGUGUUCCAGCUGUUUUCUGCAGAAAUCUGCUUUAGACGGGCAGCUGUCUGAACACAGCAUGCAGAGCAGGUCACAUGACCCGGACAGGGAGCUGCAGCAGCCAAGACAGUCUCUCUGUCACCGUGAAGGCCAAUGUAAAGUGUGAAAAACACAGUCUCUUAGAUUAAAUGUAUCUGGCUUCUCAAAACGCAGCUGCACGGCUUUCUGGGUCAUGCGGCCGUCAUGAAAUCACAGACAGCAAACUGACAAAAUGUAUUGGGAUAUUCUGAGCCGUUGAAUUUAACCAGGGUCUCCGAUACCGAUGAUUUUAAAAAUGCCUUGAUUGAUUCAGAUACAGUUGAUCUGCUUUUCUUUGUAUUCUACUUGCCUAAUUUCCUUGUUCUUAUGCAAACAUUGCACAACAUGUUCCCAUGGUCCAGUACAAGGAGUAGUCUCAAAAAAGAUGAAAAAGCAGUAACAGACCAGAGAAAACUAGGAAAGAUCUUCAGAAAACUUGCAGAGCUGAGGCCACUUGGAAGCAAAGCAUGAAGAAAUGCGUAAUGUUUUAAAACUUUUGCACAGUACCGUAGCAGUAUGACUGUAACCGGUAUGUUGCUGAACCCGUUGUCGUUAACUAACCCUCCUUCUCUUACGCUUCUUCCUUUUUUUCCUGAGUGGGUGUCGUUGCACUGGAUGCGGCUGUUUGGGAGAAUGUGAAAAAGAAGUAAAACAAACUGAUGCAGACUUUUAAAAAGGCUAGCAGGAAGGGAAAAAGCAAGAGAUUCCUUUCAACUUUUAUUGUUUUUAUGUUUUGUUCUUCCAUUGUUUAUUCCAUUGCGUUUCCUCUGUACUCUGUGGUGAAAUACACUGCCUUUUGCUGACAA